AUGGCCAAAUUCUUUGAUGGAUAUGUUCCUGAUGGUGACCGAAUUAGGGAAAAAUGCCACCAGCUGGGGAAGGUUUACACUGCGUACAAGAUGUUACAAAACCAUACUGGAGUAGGUUGGGAUCCUGUCACUAAAACUUUCACAUGUUCAGAGGAGCUGCGGAGCGAUCUGUGUAAGAGAAACCGUGAAGCCCGAACAUUGUUCACUCAAGGAUGGAAGUUGAAUGAGUUGUAUUUGGCCACCGUUUUCCCUACUUGCGUUGGGGCUUCUGGUUUAGGUGCAUAUUACCCUACCGUGGGGCAAGAGGGAGUGGAUGGUGUCACCUAUGAAGACGUUGCUGCUAGGGAUGCACAGCAACAACCUAACCAAAAUGCCCCGUACCAAACAAGUGAUGAUGACGAGGAUCGUAAUGACCUUGGCAACCGCGUCAAACGUUUUUGUCAGCGAAAUGUGACAAAUGUUGCCUCCACGUCACGUGUGAACCGAAAGAAACAGUCGAGGUCAAGGAAUUUGAAUGACAGUUCGUGUGAAGAGCUUCUUGAAAUGGUUAGAGACAUGAGAGAUGAUUUGAGAGAAGAUAUCCGUUCCAACAAAGAGAGCCAGCCGAGUAACAACACUGUCGACGGUCGAAGUGAAGCCGAAAUCAUCUUGACUUCGCUGAAGGAAAUGGGAAUUGGCCCUCGAAUGCAAGUCCAUGCUUUCGACAAAAUUAUGCAUUCUGAUACUUGGCGUUCGGCUUGGGGCAAAGUUGAUGAUGGCGUGAGGCGGGCCUUCUUGAAUGACUUUGUCGUUGUGCCAAAAACGCCGUUUAUUUACGAUCCACCUAAUCCUUACAACCAAGUGCCGAACCCCUACAACCAGCCUCCAAAUCCAUUUGGCUAGGCACCAAAUCCAUUUGGCUAGGCACCAAAUCAAUUCAACUAGCC